GACGUUAAUAAUGUGCUGCAACGGAACGGUUACGAGCAAGCGAAGUGGUAAUGAGGCAGGCAGUGGCCAUGCGAUUGACAAGAAAUCAAUGAGAACAAGAUGCCAUUCAACUAAUCACAAUUGAAUAGGACACUUACGAACACCAAUGCCAUCAGCGAUGUGGCCACAUAACCCCAUCACGUACCUGGUAUCUGUAUUACGAUACGGAUAAUUUCCAACGUGAGCUCGAGGAUGUCGUUUGGGAAAUAAUGCCACUGUACCAGGAAUUGCACGCCUAUCUACUCAAAUGUGUGCGCAACACCUAUGGUGAGAAAUUAAAUGCCGAUGAUGGUGCCAUACCGGCGCAUGUAUUGGAGCAAAUUGUACGGCAAGCUUGGUCACCUCGUACGGUGUUCCGCACACCAUUUCCCAAGAAUCAAUUGCCAACGGUGCAGCAACGUCUGGAGGAGAUACUUGUGACAUCAUUGAAGAUCAUUAAGAAGGCGGCAGAGUUCUUUGAGUCAAUCGGACUGAAUCACAUGUCAGAUUCAUUCUACGAACGCUUUUCACGUCGCAUUGGCGAUGAAGAACUCGGACCCGAUUGUCGCGCCGAGGUAUUUUACUUUCCACCCCAUGCCGCUCUGCGCUAUUGCCCCAAAUUGGAUUAUAAGAAACUUAUGCAAAUACAUGGAAAUAUGGCAGAACUGCAAUACAAUCUCUAUCGUGGACAAUUGCCUUUCGGUGUGGACAGUGAACCAUGUCCAGGUUUUGCUAGUGCUAUAGGCGAGGCAGCUGUUAUUGCCUCGGGCACACCGCGACAUCUCAAUCGGCUGCAUAUACUCUUCAAUCACAGCCUAAAUGAGGAGCAAUCGAUGAAUCGGCUAUUCCGCAUGGGCAUUCACACGAUUUUAGCCAUACCGCAGUACUUCAUUAACGACAAGUUUCUGGUUGAUGUUAUGGAUGGUCACAUUAGUGCACAGGACUUGAAUUGCGCAUACUGGAGUUUGCAGAAUAAAUAUGCUGGUGUAGUGCCACCGAUGCGACGCAAUGAGAAAACUUUUGAUCCGGACUUCAAGUUCUAUCAUGGGUUGAACCCUGAGAAGCCAAGCACAGUGAAAUUGCUU